AUGUUCCUUUUUCUGUGUACCACAUUCGUGGUUUUCGGAUGCUCAUUCAGUAAAACGGAAGACCAAAAAUGUUUCCCGAAAGGCGUAGAGCAGCACCUGCGGCAUCCACCAAACGCUUGGAAGCUCAUGAAAAAGUUCAACGGCAUAUUUUAUCUUGUUUAUUGUUCUAAAGACACAGAUAUUAAAAAUACGUUGCCUUGCCUCAAUGUUCACAAGUCAAGUUUGGAUGAAACUAGAAAGAUCGGUCGAUAUGUCUAUAAACAUGCGAACGCGACGACGACAUUGACGGGAACUAAGGAGGUGAAAACUGAGAAGAAAGAUGAUGCCUACAACAACCCAAAUAUGUUUGUUGUGCAAUACCAUGAGGGUGAUGACUAUAAAUGGAACUGCAUUGAGCUGCUUUAUACAGAUUACAUGAGUUGUGCUGUUUUAAAAUCAGAUUUUUUGGGUAUUCAAAUGUGGGUGUCCAAAACUAAUUUAAAGAACGACCGAGAAGUUCCUUGGUUAUGCUCUCUUGUGUACGACCUGGCAACGGACAAGCCAAGACAGGUUGUGUAUGACUGGAAAGAGUGCCCUCAACUUCUCAAUGUAGCAAAAAAUGGUUAUAUAACGCUUAUCUUACGCGAAAGAAUGUCAAUCGAUAAUCAAGGCACACGCCUUCUGCAUAAAGUGAAGUGUUUGGCUUCUGGUCGGCAUAGAAAGAAAAUUGUAAAAAAUACUUACAUUACACUUAUUUAA